UGAAAAGCAGUGGGGGGAAACUUGAAUGUCUCUAAGGAACCAAGAGCCCAUCAGCUGCAGCUCCUGGAUGAGGAAGAGCUGAGAACUAGCAGAGGCAGAUUUAUUGCAAGAGAAUUAGGUGCCAAACAGACUUGUGGACCAAGAAUGUGUGCAGGGCAUCUGUGUCAUGCCUCCCUGGUGCUGCUGUUUCUCUCCUUCAUGGUCCUUGCUGGGCUCCUGGUUACCAUCCUCAUAGUAGUCUGCAAUCUCUCCAGAUCUGUGGGGAAGGAGUUGACCCAGCUGAAGCCUGCAAUGGGUGAGGGCCCAGAGAGAUCCAGGCAGGAGGAGACCUACAAGGAGUUGGCCCAGCUGAAGGCUGCAGUGGAUGCAUUCCCACAGCUGUCCAGGCAGGAGAUCUACAAGGAGUUGACCCAGCUGAAGGCUGCAGUGGGCACAUUCCCACAGCGGUCCAGGCAGGAGGAGAUGUACAAGGAGUUGACCCAGCUGAAAACUGGAAUCCGUGAAUGCCCAGCACAGUCCAGGCAGGAGGAGAUCUACCAGCAAGUAACUCAGCUGAAUGCUGCUGUUGGUGAGUGUCCAGACACCAGAAGUCCUAUGGCUGGAGAGUUUCCAUGUCACCUGUGCUGCCGCUGUCCCUGGGACUGGACAUUCUUCCAAGGAAACUGUUACUUCUUCUCCACUAUCCAGCGGAACCGGCACAAUUCCAUGACUGCCUGCCAGGAGGUGGGGGCCCAGCUAGUCAUGAUCAAAAGCACCGAGGAGCAGGACUUCCUACGGCUGCAGGUUUCCACAAAGGAACGCCACACCUGGAUCGGGCUGUCAGACCUGACACACGAAGGCACAUGGCAGUGGGUGGAUGGUUCACCUCUGCCUCCUGAUUUGAGGAAGUAUUGGAACAACGGGGAGCCCAACAACAUCGGGGAAGAAGAUUGUGUGGAAUUUAAGGGCAAGGGCUGGAACGACCACAAAUGCAAUGUUCUCAAUUUCUGGAUCUGCAAAAAGUCUGCAGCCUCCUGCCCCAGCUAGGGAGGGCAGUUUCCCUCGUUAACCACUGCAGUCCUAAGCCUGCCUGCCAAAUAGAAAAGCUUUACAUACCUUUAAGGCAAGAUUCCUUCUCCCCAUCCCCAAACACUAACAAACCCCCUGGGAUUGGUCUCUAUCAGAUUCCUCAUCCCUAUGGGUCUGGGUCCUGAUCUGUCCUUCCUCUGUUGUCUGCUGAUUCUUCUGGCUUAGAGGUUGUGCUUCUGGCCUAUUCCUGGAGCUUUAGACGUGAGCUGGUGUGGGUGCAUUGAGGGGCUUGGUGUGCUCUGUUAAUCUACUGUCUCUUCCUUUCCAAGAUCAGAACAUUUGAAUGGCCGUGUGUGGCUGCCACGUCCCCAGGGCUUUUACCCCAUCCAUGCACACCUUCCAUCUACUAUCCCCUGCACCCCUUUGACUGAGCAUUGGCUGGUUGCAACAGUCAUCUUGUAGGCUGGAAGCUCUAGGGCAUUAAAUCCCCCAGUGGCACCUGGAGAUGGCAUUGAAGCUCCACCCAGCACCCCAACAUACAUCUUUUGGUUUUUGUUCUUUGCAAUCGCUUCCAUUUGUUUCCCAGCUGUAUCCUUUAUAAUAAAAUGAUAAA